AUGAUACCGACGGACCAUGAGUCGUUGUCUUUCUCUCUAGGUUGCGUUAUGUUCUUGGCGUUUCUAGUGUUUGUCAUUUGUUUCAUGAUCAAGAAGAAAUGCAAGAAGAACAGUAAUAAAAGUGAGAUAGUUCGUGUCGAUGAGCACUAUAAGAUGAACGAAGCUAUAGUCGAGGGACCUCAUGGACCAGAGGCAGUGGUGCUAUCUGUUGAGGAUGAUGUUCAUAUAGAAGAUUUAGUCAAAAAAGGGGAGAAAAUGGGAAAAGACGGUGUAGUUGGAUCUUCCCGUUCUUAA